GGGCGGGAACAUGCGGUGCGGGCCCGUGAGCUUGGGACUCUUUGAUGCAUUCAAGAAGGCGUUCGACAACAAGGAUUACACCAACUCGCCGGCGACGUACGAGCAAACAAACGCUCGCGCGAGCCACAUCCUCGUGCCGACAGAGGCUCAGGCGCUUGAGAUCAAGUCCGCGCUUGAAAGCGGCCGCAUGGACUUUAGCGAGGCCGCAAUGAAGCACAGCACUUGCAACUCGGCGGCGCGGGGCGGUAAGCUUGGGAAGUUCACGCCCGGGCAAAUGGUGAAGGAGUUUGACGACGUUGUCUUUGGGCUAUACGAUACCGGCUUGAUCAACCCCAAAAACGAGGCGGACAUCUACGAGCCCAAGUACGCUCUCGAUGAAGUCCACGGCCCGGUGGCUACCCAGUUCGGCUUUCACCUCAUCAAAAUUGAGACACGCUACAUCUCUGAGAGCGACUUCCGGCUGAAGCAGAGCGCCGGCCUGUGAGGUGGUCGUCGCGUCGGACGCUCUCGGGCCUCGAGGACUGUGAUCUGCGUGUUGCAUACAGACACACUAUAUCGUCCCGGGGGUUGCCCCUCACGCACGCCCACGUCGCGCACGUGCGGCUUGUACUCGCUCUACUCUCGUUGUCUCCUCUCGAGUCUCGCGCGUCGCGGAUAAUCUCUCACAUGUGCCAGUUGUCGAGACUGUUUUUAUUCUACGUCGCUGCCCUUUUUC